AAAUAAAAAAAAAUAAAAAAAUAAAACCCCAUUCUUUGAUCUUGAAAAAGAGAAAGAAAGAAAUCGUAGAGAGGAAGAAGCAUCGCCAUGGCACCCUCGCCAUCUGCUUCUUCUUCUUCUCUUCGUCCUCGUCGUCUCUCCUCCUCCUCCUCCCAUCCAAACCCUAGCUCCCUCACCUUCUCCCACACUUGCAAGCACUCCCCUUCCGCCACUCUCGACCUCCUCAUCCUCAUCCUCGUCCUCUUCUCCUGCACCUUCCUCAUCUUCUCCUUCCUCUCCUACCUCUUCCGCUCCAUCUCCUUCCUCCUCCCCUCCUUCUCCUUCUCCCUCGCCCUUACCGCUGCCAUCCCUAUCCUCGUUCUCCUCCUCCUCGCCCUUGCCGUCCUCCUCCUCGCCCUCUCUCUCGCCGCCACCCACGCCCGGUCCCGCCGCCGCUGCGCCAAUCCCCACUGCAAGGGCCUCAAAAAGGCACUCGAGUUCGACGUCCAGCUCCAGACCGAGGACGCGAUCCGGGCCUCCCCGCAGGACGCCGCCUGGCGGGCGAUCGAUGCGCUGCCGUGGAAGGGCGGCCAGGGCGGUAACAACCCCGAUUAUGAGCGUCUUAGAGCUGAGCUUCGCCGCAUGGCCCCUCCCAACGGCCGCGCUGUCUUGCUCUUCCGAUUGCGCUGUGGCUGCCCUGUCUCCAAGCUCGAGGCUUGGGGCCCUAAACGCGCCCGCAGAACUAGGAAGGGAACUGCAAAGUUGGCUCUCGAAGGUGUAAACCGAUGAUUACAGAUGGGAAUUCAUUCCUUAAUGAACUAUUGCCCCUUCUCAAAUGAUAAAUUUCUCAUCUCAUUUUUACUUUUGUUGUCAAAAAAGGGACCAAUGCUUAAAAAAAAAAACAAUAAAAACAAUUCAAAUCUUUGUUACCCAUUCUUCUCCAAUUUUUCAUUGCUUAUACUUGGAGAUGCUCACUCCACACAGGGACAAAGAUACAUGCGAAAAUAAACUUGUUUCUUUAUAAGAUAACUUUGUUUGGUUGCCGAAGUUUUGUUUUCUCGUACACCAAAUUCAUUGUUGUCGUCAUUUGUUUGCAAGUGUGCAUUACUUGUUGUUAAAUAUUAGGAU